AUGACAACUCCCGAUGGAACCAACUCCCCAAAGGCCCAAGAUGUGCAUGGAACUCCGGAUCGUGCACUUAGCACAGCCUCAGGGCCCAUGGAAGUGGAUAGAAGUAAGUGCGAAGUAAACAACACAAUUAAAGAUGGUAGUGAAGUGGUUGUUAAUGGAAAGGCCAAGGCUGGCGAACUGCAUAUGACUGCUACGUAUGCGACCGUCAAGCGCGACGUGGAGAGCUCCUCUGAGACGUCAAGAAAACUUGUGGAUCAAGCGAAGCGCCGACUGCAGAUUCAAAUACGAUUUGUCGAGAAUGCAAGGUUGAGAAUCUUGGAUGAGACUCAUCCGGAUAUGAUUGAAAGACUGCAAGGCCUUGUCGAAGAGCGUGACAAACUGUUGCGUGCGGCCAAACAGCGAAGCGACUAUUUUCAGCGCGGUACCUCAGUAAUCUUUGAGUAUGAGUGUGACGAGGCCAAUUCCGAGUACGAAUUGCAAUGCGAAAAGUUGCGCCAGGAUAUGUUGGACGAGAUCCAUCACGAAAUGGAGAUCCUUCACGACCAGCGGAAGGGUAGCCACAGUCACGCUCGGACAACGACUCGCAAGACACGCAGUACGCGUAAUAAACCUGAAUCAGAUUUGGGUUUUGCCCACGAUACUGCACAGAAAAUAAAAAAACGCGCUGGCGGCUAUGUGUUUCAACCGCUCGAAAAUAAGUUAGGGCAGUUGGAAAUAGACUCCGAUGUGCGAGAGCUCACGACAACUUAUGAAGCCACGAAGAAGCGGCGUAUGGAGAGCGACACCGCAGAUCAGGAAGUCACAUUCGUGGCCAAGUAUUAUCGGAAUAAGUUCUUGUAUCGAGAUUGGAUCUUUCAGGAAGGCGACGAGAUUUAUGUACUCAACUACUCGGCAUCAAGCGAAUAUGCCGCAGUCAUCUGUGGAAUCUCAUCCAUGGAACUACUUGUACUGUCGGAAAAGGGCAAAUUUUAUCGCUUGGUCGUUAUGGAUCUCCGACAGGGCCGUGUCGUGCUCACUACGCUAUCAUCAGAGCAAGCUACUUCGCGAGACGAUCUCGAUGAUGCAAGUCCAUAG